AGCAGCAGACUCAUAAUCAUUUCAAGAUUAAAGAGCAUAACCUACCACCAGUCUCGACUACUGAAAAAACAGAGCCUUCGCUCAAUAUACCUCUGAAUGGCAAUGAGUCAAGUAAAGUUAGGCAGCUCUUGGUUUUGUCUCAAUCUCAGGACCAACAGAAACUUCCCUUAGAUACACAACACCAAUGGAUGCUAGGAAACGGUUUGCCUAGCUGCUGUGCCAAUGAGUGUGGAGUGCAUUGUAGAAGCCAACAACCUUACUUAAACCAGCAACUACAGCAACACCCUCAAAGGCAGCAUUGUUGUGACCAUCUUAGCAUUCUAAAAUGCCAUCAGUGUUCUCUCUACCCAUCCAGCAGCAGCCCACGAGUGAAGAAUUCAUUCCCGGCUACUAGCGACAAAAGCAGUGUUCACUCCUCUUCCAGUAGCCAGCGGUGGCCGGGGAACCAUCAACUAGAGGGAGAAGGGCAACGACAAGGGGAGCAACAGGUACAUCCUCAUACCAAAAAGGUUGGCCAUGUUGGUUCAACGCCUUCCCUGUCCAAGAGCAGUAGCCCACCUCCCGACACAGUUGUGACAAGCGCUAAAUACAAUGGGGAUGUUGGGAGACCCCUGAGCAGCUUAGGAGCUUCGCCACCCAACCUUUCAGAGCUGGACUCAGCAAGACAAGAGCCCCUCCAGACUCUCCACAGGUCCGUCCUGGAGGAGGUGUUCUCCAAAGGCCUCAGUGAGGACAAUAGUAAGGGCAACAGCGAGGGAGGAGGAGACGCGCCACAGAAGAGGACUAAGGACAUUGGCUACAGAUUGGGCCAGCGUAGAGCGCUAUUUGGAAAGCGCAAACAGCUGAGCGACUAUGCCUUGAUUUUCGGGAUGUUUGGGAUUGUUGUCAUGGUGACGGAGACGGAACUGUCCUGGGGGGUUUACACGAAGGAAUCAUCAUACUCAUUUGCUCUGAAAUGCCUCGUCAGCCUUUCAACUGCUGUAUUGCUCGGCCUCAUUGUGAUGUACCAUGCACGGGAAAUACAGCUCUUCAUGGUGGACAAUGCAGCUGACGACUGGAGGAUUGCUAUGACAUAUGAGCGGAUCUUCCUGGUUGUGCUGGAGCUGCUGGUCUGUGCCAUCCACCCCAUCCCGGGCCAGUACAUCUUCACCUGGACAGCCCGUCUGGCCUUCACCUACCCACACUCAUUGACCAAUGCCGACGUGGACCUCGUCCUCUCCAUCCCCAUGUUCCUCAGGCUCUACCUAAUCGGUCGUGUCAUGCUGCUGCACAGCAAGCUUUUCACGGACGCCUCGUCGCGCAGCAUCGGCGCCCUCAACAAGAUCAACUUCAACACGCGGUUCGUCAUGAAGACCCUCAUGACCAUCUGCCCCGGCACGGUGCUGCUGGUCUUCAGCGUCUCUUGUUGGAUCAUCGCGGCGUGGACGGUGCGUGUAUGUGAGAGGUAUCAUGACACACAGGAAGUGACUAAUAACUUCCUUGGGGCCAUGUGGCUCAUCUCUAUCACCUUUCUCUCCAUUGGUUAUGGAGACAUGGUCCCUCACACUUACUGUGGAAAGGGUGUGUGUCUGCUGACUGGAAUCAUGGGGGCUGGCUGCACUGCCCUGGUGGUUGCUGUAGUUGCCAGGAAGUCCGAGUUGACCAGAGCUGAGAAGCAUGUUCACAACUUUAUGAUGGACACUCAGCUCUAUAAACGAGUGAAAAACACAGCUGCCAAUGUACUCAGAGAGACAUGGCUUAUCUACAAACACACCAAGUUAGUCAAGAAGAUCGAUCACGCCAGGGUACGCAAACAUCAGCGCAAAUUUCUGCAAGCCAUUCACCAACUGCGCAGAGUCAAACUGGAACAGAUGAAACUCACCGACCAGGCUAACACACUUGUGGAUCUAGCCAAGACUCAGAACAUGAUGUACGACCUGGUGUCUGACCUACAGCUGCGCAGCGAGGAGCUGGAUAGGAGGAUUGGUAGUUUGGAUGACAAACUGGACUCCAUCCUAGUCAAUCUGCAGGCCCUACCCAGCCUGCUCUCCCAAGCGGUCACACAGCAGCACAAGGACUUCCUGGAUGGCUUGGCCCUCCGUGUACGGAAAGCCUCGUCGGAAUCGGAGCUUCACUGGGUUCCCGCUAGGUGCCAACGGUCCCUUUCCACUGCACCACAGACCAUACCUUACAGCUGACAGCCUAGCCACAUUGCCACGAUUGUGACCUUAAAUGGAUUUAUUUAAUUGUGUAUUUCAUACUACCCCAGGGACAGGGGCAUUCUAUCCUCUGACAAUGCAUUUGAGCAUGGUUAUAUCUCUCCAGCCCCAACCCUCAGCUGUUUACUAAAAGAAGUAGCGGGC